AUGAAGGGCCCGAUCGCCAUCCUGGGCGCGCGAUCUCUACUCGGGCGACAUGUCGUCAACAUCUUCCAAGAGCUGCACCCGGACAUUGCGCUCGAAAUGUGGACACAGUCGGACGGCGUUGGCAACGUCAAUUCGGUGAAGCGCCUGAUCGCCUGCAUCUCCGAGGCUGAGCUGAUCAUCAACUGCCACGAGGCGCGCGACUUGUCGAUGGCGCCGGACUUCGAGGCCCUGCAUUCUCAUAAUGAGCAAUUCGUCGCCGAGAUCUUGCGCAGCAGUACGGCACCCAUCAUUCACAUUUCGUCGACCCUCGUCCAGUGCUCCGACUUCUGGCCAAACACCUACGAGCCGGAGCGCGAGGCCAGCAAGUACGAAUCGCGUUGGCCGUGCAAGGCUUACUGCAAGUCGAAACACCUCGCCGAGCAAGAACUGUUCGCCUCGCGCAGAUCGGCCGUCGUCUUACGGAUCCCAUUCCUAUACGGCGAGGAGGACUGGGGCUCCCCGGUGACUGAUGCGGUGAUGGCCGCCAACAUUUUCGGCUCAAUCCCGAAUAUUGGCGAUCGCGGCGGCGCUUUUCAGAUGGCUUAUGCGGGCAACGUGGCGAACAAGGUCCGACUUGCCGCCGUCGAAUUGUUGAAGGGCUCGUUCCGGGAAAGAGAGAUUAUUAUUGUUGGAGACGAGACUCCCGUGGGUGAUGUCUACGCCAACGUCGUCGAGGCGGUGGCAAAGAACCCGAAACGCCCAAUGUCUACCUACAAUCUGCCGUUCUUGCCGCUCUACUACAUCUACCUCGCCAUCGGCUGGCUGCUGCUCGCCGUCAACAAGAUUUUCGACGUCAGCGGCUUGUUGAGCAAGAUGCCGGACCCCUCGUUGCUGUACCUCAUCUUCCACCACUGGACCUUCUUCAACACGAACAAGUCGACAAAUCUGCUGCCCGACCACGAGGAGCUGUCCCGUGAAUACGUUGUAAAGAAAAGCCGCGAUCAUUAUGCCUUGAUGAACCCGAAUCGCGUCCGCACCAGCUGGCAGCUGCACAUCGAA